AUGAAAGAAGUAGUUAUUAACGAUCCUCCACGUCGAAUCGCCGGCUUAGAGUUUUGUGCACUGAGUCCUCAAGAUAUUCUUAAACAGUCUGAAAUCGAAGUCUCUUCCCGUAAUCUUUACGAUAUCUCCAAAGGCAGAACACCUCAUGAACAUGGUCCCCUUGAUGCAAGACUUGGUGUUUCAAGCAACUUUCAAGAAUGCACUACUUGCCAUGGAAAACUUGCUAACUGUCAAGGCCAUUUUGGUUUGAUCAAACUUGCUCUUCCCUGUUUUCAUGUGGGCUAUUUCAAAUCAGUUAUAUCGAUUCUUCAGUCAAUUUGUAAAGAUUGCUCCGCCAUUCUCAUAGAUGAACCUACUCGUCGUAAGUAUUUAAAUGAACUACGUCGCCCCGGCAUUGACAACUUGCGGCGUAUGCAGAUUUUAAAAAAGGUCAUUGAACAAUCAAAAAAACAACGAAGAUGUCUCAAGUGUAAUUCAAUAAAUGGCGUUGUAAAAAAGGUUGGUGCAUUGCGCAUGAUUCACGAUAAAUUUCGUUGGGUCUCAAAAAAAGGAUCAGAAGAAAAAUCAGACUUUGAGGCUUCUUUUGACGAAGUCAAGAAGGUCAGCCCAGAAGUUGACAAAUAUGCAAAGCGUGCAAUGGACGAUCUUAAUCCUCUUAAGGUACUUCAUUUAUUUGAGAAGAUUUCACCUGCGGAUUGUGAGCUUCUUGGAAUGGACUCCACCAAGGGUAGACCUGAAAUGUUUUUAUGGCGUUACGUUCCCGCACCACCAGUUUGCAUUAGACCUUCUGUUCAACAGGAUGGUGCCAGUAAUGAAGAUGAUCUAACAACCCAGCUUGCCGAAAUUGCAUUCACAAAUUCAAUCAUUCGUGCAGGCUUGGAUUCAGGAAUGACAGUCGGAAAUCUAAUGCGCCACUGGGACUAUUUACAAUACUCCAUUGCUCUUUACAUUAACGGAGAUAUGCCCUCUUGGCCUGGCAUGCAAGUAAAGAGCGUGCGUGGACUCUGCCAACGUCUCAAGGGUAAACAAGGUCGUUUUAGAGGUAACUUGUGCGGCAAACGUGUUGACUUUUCUGGUCGUACUGUCAUUUCACCUGAUCCUAAUUUGAAUAUUGGUCAAGUAGCAGUCCCUGAUCGGGUGGCCAAGAUUCUAACAUACCCCGAACGUGUUACAGAGUACAAUAUGGAUAAAAUGCGCGCUCUUGUUACUAACGGCUCUCUAAAUUAUCCAGGAGCUAAUUAUGUCAUCAAAAAGAAUGAAGAAAUGAAAAGAAGUUUGCGAUAUGGUCGUCUCGCCGAUAUUGCUGCGAAUUUGGCGAUUGGCGAUGUAGUCGAACGCCAUCUUGAAGAUGAUGAUGUUGUAUUGUUCAAUCGUCAACCAUCCCUCCACAGACUUUCUAUUUUGGCGCACAAAGCUAAGAUCAAGCCUUGGAGAACAUUCAGACUUAAUGAAUGUACUUGUACACCAUUUGGUGCCGAUUUUGAUGGUGAUGAAAUGAAUUUGCAUGUUCCUCAAACUGAAGAAGCUCGUACUGAAGCACUUAACCUUAUGGGAGUCAAAUACAAUUUGAUUACUCCCAAAAGUGGUGAACCAAUUAUUGCUGCGACCCAGGAUUUCAUUACAGCGUCUUAUCUUAUAUCGAAAAAGGACUCAUUCUUUGAUCGGGCCUCUUUUACAGAAAUGUGUGCUAUGAUGUCUGAUGCAGAUAUUCAUUUCGAUAUUCCUCCGCCAGCUAUUGUGAAACCAGUUAAGCUUUGGACCGGCAAACAAUUAUUUAGCUUGCUUAUUAGACCCAACAAGGAAUCAAACGUUAUCAUUAAUUUGGAUGCUAAGAAUAAAACCUUUGUGCCACCUGCAAAGGGUCAGCCCAACGAAAUGUCGCCCAAUGAUGGCUAUCUUGUCAUUCGAGGAAGUCAAGUUCUCGCUGGUCAUAUGGACAAGAGUACCCUUGGUGAUGGUAAAAAGGCGCAGGUCUUUUACACCAUCCUUCGUGACUAUGGCCCCGAUGAAGCUGUUGGUGCUAUGAACCGCAUGGCAAAACUUUGUGCCAGAUAUCUGGGUAACAGGGGUUUCUCAAUUGGUAUUAAUGAUGUUACACCAGGUAAAGAGCUUAAUAAGGAAAAGGAUAGACUUAUUGAGAUUGCUUACAAGAAGUGUGAUGAUCUUAUUGAAUUGCUUAAAGAAGGUAAGCUGGAAACUCAGCCUGGUUGUAACGAAGAGCAGACUUUGGAGGCUAAGAUUGGUGGUAUCUUGUCUAAGGUUCGUGAAGAAGUUGGUGAUGUAUGCAUUAAUGAACUGGAGAAAUCAAAUGCUCCCCUUAUCAUGGCUUCAUGUGGUUCUAAAGGUUCUACUGUGAAUGUCUCUCAAAUGGUUGCUGCUGUCGGACAGCAGAUUAUUGCAGGUUCUCGUGUUCCCAAUGGUUUUCAAGACCGUACAUUACCACAUUUCCCCAAAUUUUCUAAAACUCCUCCUUCUAAAGGUUUCGUUAGAAACUCUUUCUUUUCAGGUCUCAAUCCUCCUGAAUUUUUGUUCCACGCUAUUUCUGGUAGAGAAGGUUUGGUUGAUACCGCAGUUAAAACUGCUGAGACUGGUUACAUGUCUCGUCGUCUUAUGAAGUCACUUGAGGAUCUAUCUUGCAAAUACGAUUCUACUGUGAGAACAUCGAGCAACAGCAUCAUUCAAUUCCAAUAUGGUGGUGAUGGUCUUGAUCCAUUCGAAAUGGAAGGUGAUGCUAAACCAGUAAACUUUGCUCGUACUUGGAUGCAUUGCAAUAAUGUUACAUUUAAUCUUGCAGAUCCUGGAUUACUUCCUUACCAAGUUGUGGAACUUGCUACAUCUAUCAUUACACCUCUUAAAAAGCACCUUGCUAGAAGAGAUAAUUUGGGACGACUGGUCUCAGGAACUAAAGAUGAGGAUAAUCUUAAUUACACGGAUGAAUAUGAUCCUCAGCGAGAGUUUUACGACUCUGUCCUUGAUUAUAUCAAAUCUAAAGCCAAAGAACUAAGUGAGGUUCGCAAACGUCGCAAUAUGCAGCCAUUGUUGAAUGCUCCAUUUGGUGAAUAUGCCAACAUAGAUUUUGAUGAAUUUGUUGAGUCUCAUAAAACGAAGACUGUUGAUCAACUCUGCAAGAUUUCUGAAAAAUGUGUUCGCGAAUUUCUUGGACAGUGCCUUAAACGAUACGAACGCUCUAAAGUCGAGCCAGGUACUGCAGUUGGGGCUAUUGGCGCUCAAUCUAUUGGUGAGCCUGGUACUCAGAUGACUUUGAAGACUUUCCACUUUGCUGGUGUUGCUUCGAUGAACGUUACCCUUGGUGUUCCUCGUAUUAAAGAAAUUAUUAACGCCGCGAAGGUCAUUAGUACUCCUAUCAUUACCGCAUACCUUGUCAAUGAUGAAGACGAGCGUGCUGCACGUGUUGUGAAAGGUCGUAUUGAAAAGACAUAUUUAUCAGACGUUAUCAGAUAUAUUGAUGAUGUCUAUGAAUCUCAUCGAGCCUACAUCCGAGUCAAAAUUGAUUGGAAGACGAUUGAACGACUACAGUUAGAACUUUCAAUUGAUGAUAUUUGCAAGGCGAUUGCCAAGGCACCUAAACUUAAGCUGACUUCUGCUGAUGUCACCUCUAAUGGCCCUGAUGUUAUCAAUGUCGCUAUUCGUGAUAUUUCUACUACUAGCGCUGCUGCCAAGGCCAAAGCAUUAGCCUGGACUGUUGCUUCUAGUACUUCUAUGAUUGGCACUGACAGUGAAACAUUUUUCCGUGCGCAAUUAUUACGCCGGGCACUCCCUGAUGUUGCUGUUAAGGGAUAUCCUGAGAUUUCUCGUGCCGUCAUUAAUAUUCGCGAAAAAGAUAACAAAACCGAACUUCUUGUUGAAGGCUAUGGCUUGAAGCAUGUUAUGACUGUUGAUGGUGUUAUUGGUAAAAGGACAGUUACUAACCACGUGUUAGAGAUGUACCAGGUUUUGGGUAUUGAAGCUGCUAGAACCAGUAUUGUUGAUGAAAUUAAUUAUACCAUGGGUAGUCACGGUAUGUCCGUGGAUCCUCGUCAUAUCCAGCUCUUGGGUGAUAUGAUGACAUUUAAGGGCGAGGUUCUUGGUAUUACCCGAUUUGGUCUUAGCAAGAUGAGGGAUAGUGUGUUGCAGUUAGCAUCGUUUGAGAAGACAACUGAUCACUUAUUCGAUGCAGGAUUUUACAUGAAAACAGAUAAGAUUGAAGGUGUAUCUGAGUGCAUCAUUUUGGGCCAAUCUAUGUCUCUUGGUACCGGUUCAUUUAAUUUGGUUUAUCCUACUGAGAUUCAAUUUGAAGAAGAAAAGUAUAUUGGUGACCGACUUGUUUUAGGCAAGCAGAAACCACUUUACGAAAGUCUUUGGAGUUAA